AUGGGGCGAAUCAAAGGGCAAGAUGGAGAUGCCUUGGACCUUGCAAUGGGCGUUUUGCUGUGGAUCACCUGCACCAAGAGACAGCUUACUACUUCAGAACUUCAGCACGCACUUGCAGUGGAACAAGGAGUACCAAAACUUGACAAAGAGAACAUUCCACAGGUUGAUGACAUGGUCUCAGUAUGUGCUGGAUUGGUUGUGGUUGAUGAAGAAAGCAGCAUCAUCCAUUUAGUCCACUACAUGACACAGGACUACUUUGAAGCAAGGAAGAAAUAUUGGUUCCCUGAUGCAGAAUCAAACUUCACCAUUAUUUGUGUUACAUAUCUCUCAUUCAACUACACCUUUGAAAGCGGUCCCUGUCUGACUGAUGAGGAGUUUGAAGCGCGACUACAACAAAAUCCACUUUACAAUUAUGCAGCGCAAAAUUGGGGAUAUCAUGCUCAUGCAGCUGCGACAAAAUUAGAUCAGUUAAUCCUGGAUCUUCUUAAGAGUGACUCAAAGGUAUUUGCCUCGAGUCAGGCUCUGAUAUGA